UAGGGGAGGGUGGAGGACACCGGCUACAGCCCUGCCUCCUCUCUGCAUGCGAACACACGGCAGGCGAGCAGAAAUACAGCACCAUCACAGGGCAACAAAGGGACGCAUGGUUCAUCUGCAAGGCAUCAAAUUAAUAAAUGAUUUGAGGCAGGCGCUGCUUGGAGGAAAAAACGCUUUGCUUGCAUUUGUCCUGGCUUCAAAGCACUCAACAGAGAUGGAGCUGGAGCACUUUGAUGAGCGGGACAAGGCUCAAAGGUACACUCGAAGGGGCUCAAGAGGCAAUUUGCUCCACAGUCCCACACAUAGCGCUCACUGCAGCCUGUACAGAACCAAGACGCUGCAAGCCCUGACCUCUGAAAAGAAGGCCAAGAAGAUUCGUUUCUAUCGCAAUGGAGACCGCUACUUCAAAGGGAUUGUCUAUGCCAUUUCUCAGGAGAGAUUUAGGUCCAUAGAAGCACUCCUGGCUGACCUCACGCGAUCCCUGUCAGACAAUGUCAACUUGCCACAAGGCGUGCGGACCAUAUAUACCAUCGAUGGGACAUCAAAGAUCACCGGCAUGGACCAGCUGGUGGAAGGGGAGAGCUAUGUCUGUGCAUCCAUCGAGCCCUACAAGAUGCUGGACUACACAAAGAACGUGAAUCCCAACUGGGCAGUUGGUGCUUGGUCUGCCGUGUCCACCCGUGACCCUUCUUCCCUCGGCAGCGCCAAGGCCGGAUCCCCGGAAACCAGAGAGAGCAAGGACUUCAUUAAGCCCAAGCUGGUAACCAUUGUCCGGAGUGGAGUAAAGCCUCGCAAGGCCAUACGGAUCUUGCUCAACAAGAAGACGGCUCAUUCCUUUGAGCAGGUCAUGACCGACAUCACAGACGCCGUCAAGCUGGACUCGGGGGUCGUCAAAAGGCUUUAUACCGUUGACGGAAAGAUGGUUACCUGCCUUCAUGACUUUUUUGGGGACGAUGAUAUCUUCUUUGCCUGUGGCCCUGAGAAGUUUCGCUAUCAAGAUGAUUUCAACUUGGAAGGAAUUGACUGCAGAGUGGCAAAAUCUGCAUCAUAUGGCCGGCUACCCUCCGUGCAGGGUCUCUCUUCACCAAGAGGUGGUGGGAUGUCCCGCCGCAGCAAGUCUCCAUCAUCCACUGGUUCAGCAAAUGGCACCGCAAGCAGUCAACUGUCCACGCCUCGAUCUGGGAAGUCUCCGAGUCCGUCUCCGACCAGUCCAGCCAGCCUCCGAAGACGGCGGGGAUCUCAACACGGUGGCUCUUCACUCUCUUUAGCGUCUACCAGGGUGUGCAGCUCAAUGGAUGAAGGUGAUGGGCCCGGCAGUGAAGCGGAGCCAGUGGAGGAGUACCGCACAGUGCCUGCAUCCAUAGCAGAGAGAUACAAAGUGGGGAGGACUUUAGGGGACGGAAACUUUGCUGUGGUCCGAGAGUGUGUGGAGAGAUCCACCGGACGAGAGUAUGCGCUGAAAAUCAUCAGCAAAGAUAAAUGCAAGGGAAAGGAGCACAUGAUCCAGAGUGAAGUGUCAAUCCUUCGUCAUGUUAAACAUCCCAACAUUGUUCUUUUGAUUGAGGAAAUGGACACUUGUAGUGAGCUCUACCUUGUAAUGGAGUUGGUUAAGGGGGGCGAUCUCUUUGAUGCAAUCACCUCCUCAAACAAAUACACAGAGCGAGACGCCAGCUGUAUGCUGUUUAAUUUGGCCAGCGCCAUCAAGUAUCUGCAUAGCCUCAAUAUUGUCCACAGAGACAUUAAACCGGAAAACCUGUUGGUGUUUGAACACCAUGAUGGUAGUAAGUCUCUGAAGCUCGGUGAUUUUGGCUUGGCCACCGUCGUCGAUGAGCCCCUCUUUACUGUGUGUGGCACACCUACCUAUGUGGCACCAGAGAUCGUCGCUGAGACCGGGUAUGGCCUCAAGGUUGACAUUUGGGCAGCUGGUGUCAUCACUUACAUACUAUUGUGUGGCUUUCCUCCUUUUAGUUGCUCUGGUGAAGAUCAGGAGGCUCUCUUUCAACAGCUUUUAAAGGCACAGCUUGAUUUCCCCAAACCUCACUGGGACAGUGUUUCUGAGACGGCCAAGGAUCUGAUCACUGGGAUGCUGGAGAUAGAGGUGGAUCGGAGAUACACGGCUGUGCAGGUGCUCGAUCACUCCUGGGUCAAUGAUGACGGCGGGUCAGAGAGCAAGCACCAGCUGCCUGUGGCUGGGAAGAUCAAGAAGAACUUCAAUACAGGGCCCAAGCUCAACAGCACCACUGCAGGAGUGUCAGUCAUUACUACCACGCCACUCGAUAAGGAGAAGCAAGUUCUGCGAACAAGACGCCAGCAGGAUGUGACAUUUUCACCCCAACCACGGCACGGCACCGGUGCCGCUGAGCCUGAGGACCGUUCCCCAAGAUCGGCUGACGCUGGUCGUUCACCCACUUCUCCAUUGUAACGGGCUCCCAGAGGCCGCAGCCCCCACGUAGCCCUCUGAGAGCGGGAAAGGGUGGAGUGCAAAAUGAAAGGACCCAACAUUGGGUUCAGUCUGCUGACCCGGACAUUUACAGGCCGCAUACGUACCCGCACCUAUUUGAUGUUUUUGCCAGUCAUAAUAUGUUCACUUUUGUUAUGAAAUGCAUUUAUCAAAGUAAGGGACAAGUUGGGCUCAAGAUCAAAGAAUACAUUUUAUAAGCAUUCAACACAGUUUUGUUUCCUUGUUUCCAAGUAAGUCGCAAAAAGCCGAGGUACUCACAAAAACACUGGUUCAUUGUAGUAGCGCGGAGCCCUCUACUGGUCUACAGGUAUACUGCAGGAAAGUCAGCCGGCAUAAUAAAAAGCUUUUUCAUGGAACGUGUAAAUGAGAAACAUUCAAACCUUUUCUUUGAAAUAUUAGGUUACAUGAUUGUAUGGUAUGAUAAUAAAUGUAAAUUAUCGUGGUGAAAACCCAACAAUAAUAGUCACCUUCCGGCUGUACUUGAUGACUUUCUGGUUUCUCUGUGACGAGGUACUUAGGGUUCUGGUGCACAAACCUCGGACACUGUUUAACUGGAAGGAUGAAACUGAAAUGACAUGCUGCUAUAAUGUACCGUAAGCAUUAUUUGUACUUAAACUUUUUGUUUUGUCUAGGGCAAAUAUUGUCCUGCCACCCAGUACUAUUACUCUUUUGAGGGUGCUAAUAUUUGACUAUUGAUAGUCCGGCUCACCUGGGUGCUUGAGGAUUAUUAAAAUAGUUACAUGUCUGUUAGAGUGCUUGUAAUACAGUGGUGGUACACAUGAAUGUCAGUGCUGUGUAGUUGGUAGUAAGUGCAUGUUUAAAGUUUAAAGACCGUGGCUUUUGUUUAAUGGCCUUUGCUUAUAUGAAGAUAAGUACAGUUGGGUGUACUGCUCAGUGAGUACAGUAUCAAAUAUGUCCUUCGAAAUGCUUGAAUGAGUGAGAAAGGAUCUAUUGCUGGUAUCAAUGGCAACCAACUUACACAGUUCUCUAUCCAAUGAGAGCUAUUUACUCCUUACAACAUGGAUUUCUUUUUUACACAUACUAAAUGUUGAACAGAACAGUGCUUCCAGUAAAAUGUGUUCAUUCAGCCACUACUGAAUUGAAUAUUACAUCAUUGUGUUAAUAUGAGGAAAUGGCAUAAUUUAGAAGUCUUGCUCACCAAACUGUUUUCUCUGCUUCGCACAUCAGUUCACCAGUAACCAAAUGUUUGUUGAGUGUCUUGUUCCAUUCAUCAGACUGUAACCUGCAUGUGCAGUAAUAUGCAUCCUAAAUCAAUUUGGCUGUUCGACCGUUAGAUAUGCCUGUCAUAUAUGAAGUUAUUCAUGUUAUCUUCGUACAUGCUGUCUUGGUGAAUGCAGUUCAAUUAAUGCAGACUGCAGUCAUACCACAUCCACAUUAAACCACUAGCUUGGAUUUGAAGGGCUUUAAGUUUUCUGACUAGAACGGAUUGAACCAAAAAGCACAAGGACAGAAAGUUGUGGUAGUGACUUUUUGGGAAUGUUUAUGCUUUAAAGACUGUUCAUCGUGUAAAAUAUAUGUAAUGUUUAUAUCCAGUAAGACAAAAUGCUACUUUAAGACAACUGGGAAUGUCAGCAGUGUGAUGCAGGAUGAGAAUGUGAAUGCUGUAUUAUAGUCAUCCAUAUUCCAUCAAUCUAAGGAUAUUAAAAGCAAUUGAAAUGAGUACAAAAAAAAAAAACUUUAAAUGAAAAAUAUAUUAAAGAAACGUUAAAACAAUGUAGCUAUCUGCGAUGAAACCACAUCUGGGAAUAAAAGAUUUCAUUAAUUUGUGA